AUAAUUAGUUUGAAUCACUUUCUUUGGUUGGAUAGGAUUAUGAAGGUCUGCUAGGGUUAUGAAACUUGUUCCAGCAAUUCAGUGGCAAGUUGUAAAUGAAGACUAAGCAAAAUUGUGCUGUUUAGAAAGAGAACCUGAGUAGUUUCUCUAACUUUCUGUGCUGGCUGGCUUGGUCCUUUGACCAGUCUCAGUGAUUCAUGAUCAACUGUGCUGAAAAUUGUCUUUAACUAGGCCACCUGACUUGUCUUGUUGUUGGCAGUAAAAUGUUGUCAUGUUUUAUUGUCGGAUACACCGGAUAGGUGCAGUGAAAUGUGUUGUUUUACAAUGUCAUCCACAGUAGUACGGCACCCCUGGAGCAAAUGAGGGUUAAGUGCCUUGCUCAUGGGCAAAUCGGCAGAAUUUUUUAAAAACUUGAAGAAAAAAAAAUUCAUUGAAGCUACAGCCAGUUCUCCAUCCGAAUUAUAUUAUUAUACCUUUAUUUCAACAAGGAACACAGACUGAGACCAAGGUCUCUUUUACAGCUGGGCCCUGCGUAUACAUGUUUACACAUACAGUUCAGGUACAAUGAUUAAGAAACUACACAAGACAAACAAAACUAUCACAGAGGACACAAAAAUACAGCAGCAGAUGGUUACAGUUACACAGGUUAUUCCCCUAACAGCACUAGAACUUGCAUUACCUGAAGCAGUUACAAGCAAUACAAAAAGAAAAAUCCUCCAAUUAAUUUUUAAAAUGGGCAAGGGGGACAAGAGUCACAAGUUUAAGUUUAGUCUGCAGGCUAUUCCAUAGGCAAGGAGCGUAACAGGAAAAGGCAGCCAUACCCAACUCUGGAAAUCGCAUGGGCCUCUAGUGUAAUCCAUGCUUGAGACCUGGUUUUAGGAAUUAUAAUUAACCACGCUCAACCGUCUUACUGUCACCAAACUGAUUUUAAAAGCCUAUUUUCCCCCAGUAAAAUAAGUUGAUGUUAUCCAUUUUACAUGUUUUCUGGCAGUGUCCCAGUCCAGCUGUAGUGUUUGGAACAAAUGUGAUGGCAACCCCAUAGGACUGUGUUUGUAUAUAAUUACACCUGUUUCCGAUAUAAGCACACAUCCCCCAUUACACCUGUCUCCAGAUAUGAUGGGUACACAAACCCACAUUACACCCAUCUCCAGUUAUGAUGGGCACACAUGAUGACAUCCCCCUGGACAGUACUGCACAUAGAUUGGCUAGCUACAAUGAAGAGAGGAAUCUCCUUCGCAUCCGAGAGUGGGAGAGGCGGAACCAGGAAGCCCUCCAUGAGAAGGAGUUCUACCAGGAGGACAUUCCCCUCUUUGGGGUACCCUACAAGACAAACAAAGGAGAUGAGCUUUCCAGCCGUAUACAGAGGAUGCUGGGUAGUUAUGAAGAUGUGAAAAACCCCAACCCUCAUCUGUGUUUGGACAGUAGCUUCUCUAAUGACCCUCCAUCUCACGUCACCACAACAUAUAGGCGGCCAUCUCGCAGCCAAGACAGAGUGAAGCCUCCAUUCCAGAACACUCCUCUGCACGGGGCAGGCCAGAGUGGUAGUGGUGGUCCCUCCAUUAGCAGCCAAACUUCUCAGCCUCUGAAGAGGCUCCCUGGUCCCUCCUCCCACACCCAGUCCUCACUGGGUCUCAGUCAAGGCCAGGCCAGCCCUGAUUCCCUCCAGAGGAAAUCUGAACCCUGCCCCUGGCCAGACCUGAGGGAGUGUGCCAGUCUUACUCCGGUCCUCUCCACCCUGUCCCCCCCAGCUGAGCCCCUAUCCCCCCUACAUUCCAGUGACCCCAGCGACUCUGAGCCCCGAGACAUCCCCGACAGGCACCAAGGGUCCCCCCUGCACCCCGAGAGGCACCCGGCCUCCCUCCUGCACCCUGAAUCCCCUGUCCCAAUGGAGGGGUCCCCUCUGGAUGACCCCCAGAGAGACAUCCCGCUUCUGGCAAUCGAGGGAGCAACAACCCUGCCCUCUCAGACAUUCCCUCUACCACUGGCCUCUAAACCAAACCUGGUCAUGCCCCAGAAGCCCACAGCCUAUGUCCGGCCCAUGGACGGCCAGGACCAGGUGACCAGCGAGUCUCCGGACCUCAAGCCCUCUCCUGAAGGCUUCCAUGGACAGUCUUAUCAUGAACCUUUACCAGACUUGAAAAGCACCAAGCCCAGCAUUUCCAAACGGAAGAUUCCAUUCCAGUCUAUAGAGACUCUGUCAAAUGAAGCUCACUGUGUGGAGGACAUUCUGAGGGAAAUGACCCACUCCUGGCCUCCUCUCCUGACUGCCAUCCACACACCCAGCACAGCUGAGCCCUCCAAGUUCUCCUUCCCAGUCAAGGAAGCACAGCAUGUCCCACCUGCAUUUCCAGGACAAAAACACUAUGGAUCACCUCCACUAGCCCCUUCCUCCACACUCAUCUGUCAACAGAGCUCAUUUACGGUUGUAGCAACAAAUUCCAGUGGGGUGGAGUCAGCCAGCUCCAGUGACUCCGAGAGCAGCUCAGGGUCAGACUCAGACAGUGAGAGCAGUGAGAGUGGGACAGAGGAGGCCCCACAACCCCUCAGGGGCAGCAGCCCACCAGUACCCAAGGCUGAAGGCCCCGUGGUGACUAACUGGCAGCUGAAUAACUGGAUAAGAGUGAGCCAGCAGAACCCCAUCACAGAGAGCCAGAGUGACACUGUCCAAAGCCCUCUACCGAAACAGCAGCAGAGCCAUGACUCAGAGGAGGAGGCCAUUCCUCCCAGGGACUACAAAUCCCACACACCACCACAAUACCCAGAGUUCAGCGAUAGUGAAGCCAAACCUCCAGGCAGUGAGGACGUUGCCUGCAAGCAGCAUGUCCGCCAUAAGUCCCCGGCCGCCUCACAUGUUGGGGACAGCAGCAGCCAGAGAAAGACUGUGGGGAAUAAACACCCCUCCAGACCAGUUAAGGCUCCCCGUCCUGAGGACUCACAGGCUGGGCUGCGGGUAGAGAGUGUGGAGGUGGCCCCCCGCGACAAAGACCCCUCUUUCACAGACAGGCCUAAGGUCAAAACGAAAACCGGGCACAGCAGCAAGAGUGGCAGCGCCAUAACGGACAGUAAGAAGCCUGCCAAGCGCAACUCUUCGGAUAAGAGGAAGACUAAACAACCAGAGUCUGGAAACAGUGGUCCCAAGAUGACUCUGAUGCUGGACUGUAAGAGGGAGAGAUCUCGCAGUCCCAGCCCUGCCCGGGUGGUGGAAACCUCCGUCAGUGUCAGGAAAGAGACCCUCCUGGCCCCUCAGAAGGGUCAAAAAACGCCCCGGAGCUACUCUGCAGCUGCAGCACACCAGGCCAAACGGGAGUCCUCAGCCAAAGCCUCCAGGGCCCCCCAGGGACCUCCACAUGCCCUGCUGGUGAAGAUUGAGCUCAAUCUGCUGUCCAGGGUCCCUACCCAGGGCUCCAGGCCUUCUCAGGGAGGCCAGGAACCAACCAGCAGGAAGAGACCAAACACCGCCCCAGAGAGGGGAGACGGCGACCCUGCUUCCCCCAUCACUACCAAAGUCUGCAAAAAGAGACCGGCUGAGAAGGAUGUGAAAUCCCUGCCAAGGAAGAAGCCAAAACUGGAGAAAGAUCGCAAACACUCCUCUUCAUGUCCUGGUUCCUGCAAGUCUGCGAUGCCCAAGAACCCUGGAAAGGAGAAGGAGAGGAAGCGGUCUAAGAAGGGGACUUCUGUCCCUCUGCAAGACCCUGGGAAAGAGCCGGGGGGGCACAAGCGGCAUGCAGGGGAGGCCCCAGAGCCCAACGCUGCCUCAGCAGCCAAAAGCAGGGACAGGGAGGCCUCCACCCCCGUCAAACACAAGAAGGGCACUGGGAAACGACACACAGAGCAUUCCAAGACUGGCAAGGCCCCCAAGAGCAGCUUUGCCUUCUCUAUGCCUGCCCAGCCCACCAGGGGUUCCCUGUCCUCCAGACCCCUGCUCAAGGUCGAGGACAGGCAGCACCCAGUGGAGUAUCAUAUGAAGGAAGCCAAAAAACUCAAGCACAAAGCAGAUGCCACGUCUGAUAAGGUGGGCAAAGCUUUCAACUACCUCGAUGCUGCCAUGUCCUUUGUGGAGAGCGGCAUCGCUAUGGAAACCGAUCCCCAGACCCCGAAGUCGGCAUAUACGAUGUUCGCUGAAACCUUGGAUUUGAUAAGGUUCAUACUGAAACUGAAGGGUUCUGUGGACCCCUCUGCCCCUGUUACAGACAAGGAUUUUACAAUUUUAUGUAUGAGGUGCCAGUCCCUUCUACAGAUGGCCAUGUUUCGCUACAAAAGAGAAACAGCACUUAAGUAUUCAAGGACCCUCACGGAUCAUUUCAAGAGCUCCUCCAAGUCUGCAGCUCCCUCCCAAUGUGUCUCAAACACGGGCACACCAUCCCCCAUGUCUCCCAUGCCGUCUCCUGCCAGCACAGCCAGCUCUGGGCCAGGCUCCAACCACAGCAGUGGGGUGGGAAUGGGCAAUGUGAGCACCGUAGCCAUUCCCCAGAUCAUCCAGCAGGUGGCAUCGUCCUACGUCAACAUCACAGCACUCUUCCUGAGUGCUCACGACAUCUGGGAGCAGGCUGACGAGCUGGCACACAGAGGCAGUGGUUUGUUGUCUGAGCUGGACUCAGCUCUGGGCCAGUUGAGCCUGACCUCCACCAUGAGCUCUCUGGUGCGUCACACACGGCAGGGACUGCAGUGGCUCCGACUGGACACCCGCGAGACACAGUGACCGUUUCUCAACCCCACACAACACUACACAGCCCUCCUUACUCCUGCCUACAGUACCCAGCCCUGGAUAACCCUGUCCAGGACAUCCUAUUUGGCUUUAUUUAUUUAUUGACGGGCCAUCAGAUGAAGGCAGGAUACCAAGUCCCUCUACAAGUUGUUCACAUGGAUACAAAGUCACAUGUUUAUUACAUUUUUCUCAACUACCUAUGAAACUGAAGUUCAGAGACCCUGUGUCACACACACACUUCCUCGUCCUCUGUUGGUCACAUGGAUGGGUCCAUUAACAGAACAACUAUCACAUCCACCUCUGGAUCUCUGGAGGCAGCAGGGCCUGCUAGAGCUGUAGUUAGCUGAAUGCGACUCUCCCUUUCUGAAUAACUUGUCACACAGCCAACUGACUGGCCUGGCCACCCCUCUGGGUUAGACAGUGGGAAGGUUGGCUGAAGAACUGACUUUUGGGAGGGGUCAAAGAGUCCUCCCACCCUUCUCCUGUGGUAAUGCAAAGCAGUGAUGAUAAAAAGCUUAUUUAUUAGCCUUAUUAUAUUAUCAUUAUUACUAUUAAUAUAUUGUUUCAGUAAAAGUUUGUUUGAUCAAAAGCGGUGUCAUGGCCAAUAUUUACUUCACCUAGCUGAAAAGGCCUAUAGAACUACAGGUAUCCAUCCAUCCCAGACCCAUCUAUAAUAAUAGUAAUAAUAAUAUUGGUCAACUCCUGCAGAAUAUAACGAGUAUCUCCGCGCUCCAUAAAGUAUUUUUAAAUUGGUUUUGCCAUGGAAAAUGUACAUGCCACAAGAUGGCCCUUGACACUUUUUGUGAAUAUGUAUGUUUAUUAUUCUACCCUUUUCUCUUCAUAGGAGAUUGAAUCUACCUGCCAGGACGGGACCACUAUGUUAAUUCAGUCAUAACAGAAAUACAGUGUAUUCGGAAAGUAUUCAGACCCCUUGAGUUUUUCCACAUUUUGUUACGUUAAAGCCUUAUUCUAAAAUGGAUUACAUUGUUUUUUCCCCCUCAAUUGUUUUUUCCCCCUCAUCAAACGACACACAACACCCCAUAAUGGCGAAGCACAAACAAGUUUAUAUAAAUGUUUGCAAAUAUAUACAAUUUAAAAAACUAAUCACAUUUACUUAAGUAUGCACACCCUUUACUCAGUACUUUGUUGAAGCACCUUUGGCAGCGAUUACAGCCUUGAGUCGUCUUGGGUAUGAUGCUUCAAGCUUGGCACACCUGUAUUUGGAGAGUUUCUCCCAUUCUUCUCUGCAGAUCCUCUCAAGCUCUGUCAGGUUGGAUGGGGAGCGUCGCUGCACAG